UUAUCUAGUUGUAUUUUACCUGAUUGUAAUUCUUUAGUUUCAUUGAGUAUAACUUGUUGUUGUGAUCUAGGUGAUAUUAAUUUAUCUAGUUGUAUUUUACCUGAUUGUAAUUCUUUAGUUUCAUUGAGUAUAACUUGUUGUUGUGAUCUAGGUGAUAUUAAUUUAUCUAGUUGUAUUUUACCUGAUUGUAAUUCUUUAGUUUCAUUGAGUAUAACUUGUUGUUGUGAUCUAGGUGAUAUUAAUUUAUCUAGUUGUAUUUUACCUGAUUGUAAUUCUUUAGUUUCAUUGAGUAUAACUUGUUGUUGUGAUCUAGGUGAUAUUAAUUUAUCUAGUUGUAUUUUACCUGAUUGUAAUUCUUUAGUUUCAUUGAGUAUAACUUGUUGUUGUGAUCUAGGUGAUAUUAAUUUAUCUAGUUGUAUUUUACCUGAUUGUAAUUCUUUAGUUUCAUUGAGUAUAACUUGUUGUUGUGAUCUAGGUGAUAUUAAUUUAUCUAGUUGUAUUUUACCUGAUUGUAAUUCUUUAGUUUCAUUGAGUAUAACUUGUUGUUGUGAUCUAGGUGAUAUUAAUUUAUCAGAUGAUCUACGGGCUGAUAACAAUGAAUCAGUACUCUUUCUUUUGACAGUAGACAAACUUCUCUCUUCUCUUUCUAUAGGGAAAUAA